AGAGGGACAGAGUUUUUGUCAGUGCAGAAAGGGCAGAAAGAGACGACGGAGAGAGAGAGAGAGAGACAGACAGAGACAGAGAGAGGGAAAGAAAGAAAAGAAAAGAAAAGAAAGGCAAUGAGAAGAGAGAGAAAGCUGGCGUAGCUUCUCACUCGUUAGAUCUCUCUCUCUUUCACACUCUGUUUCUCACCCACACGAACGCUUCCCCCUCUUUGCCCCGUAAGAAGAACUCCCGAAACCAAAAGCUUCGUCUUCGAUUAAUUUAAAAAGAAAGUAUAAAAUUAAAAAAAAAAGAGGGGAAGGAAUCUCCAUGGUUAUUUAUUAGUCGUCUGAGUCAACUCAGCUCUGAGUUAUGGGCUGCUGCGAAUCGUCCUUUCUGAAAGGACGCGGCUCACGCCGCAAAACCAAUUACAACCACCACCACAACAGCAGCAGCAACAACAACCGUCACGCUCAGGCCAAUAACGGCCCUCCCCAACCGUCCAACGGAACGGAUUCUGUUGGCGGUGGGGCAGGGGGCGUACCGGAUUUCGCGGAGUUCUCUCUCACCGAGCUUAAGGCUGCCACCAACAACUUCAGCUCCGAUUUCAUCGUAUCGGAAAGCGGCGAAAAGGCCCCCAAUGUGGUCUACAAAGGUCGCCUCCAAAACGACAACAAUCGCCGUUGGAUCGCCAUAAAGAAAUUUACCAAAUUAGCCUGGCCCGAUCCAAAACAAUUCGCCGAGGAAGCCUGGGGUGUUGGAAAGCUGAGACAUAAGAGAGUGGCGAAUUUGAUUGGGUAUUGCUGCGAUGGCGACGAGAGACUGCUUGUUGCCGAGUACAUGCCCAACGAUACCCUUGCAAAGCAUUUAUUUCACUGGGAGAACCAGACUAUCGAGUGGGCCAUGCGGUUGAGAGUUGCUUUAUAUAUAGCUGAAGCAUUAGAUUAUUGUAGUAGUGAAGGUCGUCUGUUGUAUCAUGAUUUGAAUGCAUAUAGGGUUCUCUUUGAUGAGAAUGGUGAUCCUCGACUUUCAUGUUUUGGCUUGAUGAAGAACAGUAGGGAUGGGAAAAGUUAUAGUACCAAUCUUGCAUAUACACCUCCUGAGUAUCUAAGAAAUGGAAGGGUUACUCCUGAAAGUGUUAUAUUCAGCUUCGGAACUGUCCUUUUGGAUCUUCUCAGUGGAAAGCAUAUUCCUCCAAGUCACGCUCUUGAUAUGAUACGGGGCAAAAACAUUCUUCUCUUAAUGGAUUCGCAUCUAGAGGGAAACUUUUCAACUGAAGAGGCAACAGUGGUCUUUGAUCUGGCUUCACGAUGUUUGCAAUAUGAACCAAGGGAGCGGCCAAACACCAAAGAUCUUGUUACUACACUUGCCCCAUUGCAAAAUAAACCUGAUGUUCCGUCUUAUGUGAUGUUGGGAAUUCCCAAGCAUGAGGAGGGGCCUCCUACUCCUCAGCACCCUCUAUCUCCCAUGGGAGAUGCCUGCUCACGGAUGGAUCUCACUGCUAUUCAUCAAAUUUUGGUAAUGACACAUUACAAAGAUGAUGAAGGAACAAAUGAGCUAUCCUUUCAAGAGUGGACUCAACAAAUGAGAGAUAUGUUGGAGGCAAGAAAGCGUGGAGAUGUAGCAUUUCGUGACAAAGAUUUUAAGACUGCAAUAGAGUGUUAUUCUCAGUUCAUAGAUGUUGGAACCAUGGUUUCUCCAACUGUGUAUGCACGAAGAAGUCUUUGUCAUCUUCUCUGUGAUCAACCAGAUGCCGCCCUCCGAGAUGCAAUGCAAGCACAAUGCGUCUACCCUGACUGGUCGACAGCAUUUUACAUGCAGGCUGUUGCCCUUGCCAAGCUAGACAUGCACAAGGAUGCAACUGACAUGUUAAAUGAAGCUGCUGCACUAGAAGAAAAAAAGCAACGGGGUGGGAAAGCAUCUUGAGAAGAUCAAGUUGUGGCUCUGUAAUAUUCUUUUGUUAGGGGCUAGAUGCAUUGUUGUGGCUGUUGUUGUAUCCAAGCAUGCGAGAUUCAUGUAUAAUGGGAAAAUUGGGAAUUGUAGUUGCCAUCCAAAUAUGGCAUUGUGCUAUCGAGGGAGGAAGGCACUUGUUUUGCACCGACAGUAUUUGGCACUGCCACCACCUCUGUUUUUCUCUCUUUUAUCUUCUUUGAUUUUAAUGAAAUAAUUGAUUUUGCU